AUGUCGCCGGGUACAUCUCGACUAUAUGAGCUUCAACCGGAUCCUUAUGAUAUAACGCAACGGCGAGCAAUUCGCAUAUGUCUAUUUACUGAUGUUAAAAAUGCUCAUGUCCUUCGCGAUAAGUUGCGAAAAGGCGAAAUCGAUGCUGCUAUGAUACGGGCCGAACUGGUAUUGGAACCGUUCAUUGUGUUGGCAGCUGCGAAUCGAGCUGUCCACCAAGCUGCCCAUAAUCGUCUGUCAACUCGAAGUCUUGCUGCAGAACUUGUUUACAGUUUGUCGCCGAGUCGAAAUAUCUCCGAUUCAUUGGUAACAUUUGGUAUCGCCGAUACGAGCAAGAACAUCCUUGUAUGCAUAUUCGAUGACAAAGACGGGUCAAAAAUGAAGAAGUUGGCGAAGGAGAUUGAAGGACGACCGGAGCCACUCGAGAAGUUGACUUCGAUCAUGGAUCUUCGCGUUAUUCAAAAGGUUCGGGACUGGAGCUAA